AUGAUGGCACGCCCAAGAGAGAGGCGCCCUGCUGUGGGAGCGUUUGGCAUCCUCAGGAACCACAGUGCGAUGACCUUGGCGUUGGUUGUGAGUGCUGUAUGUGGCAACCAUGAUCAGAAGGUUGAUGGGCCCCCCACAAUGGGUGACGCCCCAUGUGGGCGCCUGAGUUGUGGAUUUGCGCGCAUUCUGUCCCUAUAUGCACAGCAUGGUACCCUUGACUGCAGGCUUGGGAACUGUGGCACUUGGGGCCUGGUGGGCCAGCAGAUGUACAGAGUAAGCAGCAGCAGUGAACGAGGGAAGGAAACGGUUUGGACUGUAGUUCUUUAA